AUGGAACGCACGUGGAUGAAACCCCACGCUUCCGAGAAUCCGAAUCCGAAGUCUGUUGGCUUCCCAAUCCUUCGCAACAUGGUAGAGAUACUCAGUUCUUCAGUCAUUCCUUGCAACCAUUGCGGUUACCCAAUCAAUCAAUGCGAAUAUCGUGAUAGCUUCCCGCCACCGGUAUGGACGGCCCUGCGUACCGGACAACAGGUUUACACCCUCUCAGACGCCACGAGUUACUCCAGCACAAUCUCCACCAUGCAUUCCCAGCUUGCCAUCUGGGAAAACGAUAUACAGCACCUUGAGGCUGCUCUGGAUAACCUUAAAACUGACCACCGCAACCUCUCCCGCUAUGCUUCUUCCUACCAAAGUAUGCUGGCGCCAGUCAGAUGCCUACCAGUGGAGAUUCUGCUCACCAUCUUCGAAGAGGCGUGCUCAGAACUUGGCCUUAUAUCAUUUCAAGAUCAAAUACCGUACUAUUGGAAAGACGAGAAGAACAUAACCCUGUAUGGCAACACACCCGUGUACUUGGCGUCCGUAUGCUACUACUGGCGAUCCAUUUGUCUAUCCACUCCAAAGUUAUGGACCCAUUCCUACGUUUUCGCCUGCCGUCCAUCACUCUCCUCUGCCACCGCGAAUCUCAUCCUCUUGUUCAAUGAGCGGUCUAAGCCCCUUCCCCUCUCCAUAUCCAUUUCUGCGGUUUAUGAUACGGAGUUUGAUCAUGACUGCUAUUGUGGUCGUUAUCGUGAUGACGAGCCACUGGAUUUCGACUCCCUGGACGAGCUGCUUGGCUUUGGCGAGUUAGAAGAUACAUUAGUAGACUCGCAGAGGCUCAGGCGUCUUUGUUUAGACGUUGAAUGCCGCCAUCUUUCUGACUACCCUCCUCUACCAUUCUCACAGCUGGAGCAGCUGGAGAUCUCUGGUUCUCCGUCUGAUUUCCGGGACAGGGGAACCAGCUUAUUCGAAGAUACAUUCAACUACAGCAAUCUUCGAGAACUACGCCUUAGUCGCUAUGACAGCCACAAGGAUCUGCAUCUUCCCUGGAAACAGAUUGAAACGCUACAGUUAUGCAAUCUGAAUGAUAUCGCAAUUCUGGCGGUUUUUUCCGGCGUCAAACGCGUGACAUUGUCGCGCUGUAGAUUUGAAGCAUCCAGAGGUCUACACGAGCUGACAUCCCCGACAGUUCUUACUCUCAAGGAAUGCGACGGACCGUUCAAUCUCACGAAUUCAUUCUUGUUUCCUAACCUCUCCAUUCUCGAGCUCAUCGACACCGAUGAUUUUGUCUAUAAUGAGAGAAGUCCUGCACCCCGCUUCAGCGACGUACACUGUCUUGCGUCGGGAAUAUCAUCCACCCGCGACCUCAGACUGAACAACGUGUACCUUCUUUCGGGUGCACAGGUCAUUUUAUUACUGACCGAGUUGCCACAUUUGAUGCACUUAUCCAUCAUCGAGCGGAGGGCUUCUAACGAAGCGGAUCCUCAGGUAGUAACCAAGUCGCUGUUGCAAUAUCUUUAUGAGGACAACGUUUUGCCCAAGUUGCAGUCCAUAAAGCUUAUAUGGCGCGCGCAUAAUCCGGUAGAGGAGAAUAUGGUGAUGGAUAUACUUGAAGCUCGGUCAGGCUUGAAGGAAAUCGUUAUUGGAAGACGUGAUGGAGGAGAUUUCAAUGAGAACACGCUGGAAAGGAUGAACGGAUUGAGACAGCAGGGGAGAGCUGCAUGGCUCUGGUAGGACCUGUAACUUCUUAAUGUACGUU